GACAGUAAUCUCAGUGGGUCCCUAAAGACUUUCCAGUCCUCCCUCUUCAAAUCGUCAUUUUCUUUUCGGCUUUCGCACUCACCACACUCAUCAUUUUUCUUUGUGAUUUCUGAAAAAAAAAAAGAGCAUAAAAAGCAAAUGACAGAAUCGAAAAAGUGUGAUGGUGAAAUGAGCGUAACGCUCGAUCUUCUCAAGAAGAAAAUGGAUGAUUUUGCAAAAGAAAGAGACUGGGAACAGUACCACAGCCCCAGAAAUCUUCUUCUCGCUCUGGUGGGGGAAGUGGGUGAGCUGUCGGAAAUAUUUCAAUGGAAAGGGGAGGUUGAAAAAGGGCUUCCCGGUUGGAAAGAGGAAGAGAGAACUCAUGUCGGAGAAGAAUUAUCCGACGUCUUGCUUUACCUCGUACGGCUGUCGGAUAUGUGCGGGAUCGAUCUCGGUAAAGCUGCGCUGCGCAAAAUUGAGCUCAAUGCGCUCAAAUAUCCGGCGCCUCUCCGCAAGGGCUCUUCAGACAAGAACAAUGACGAUGGCAAUGCUACUUAACUCUCAAUAAUGGACUGGAUUCUACGGGUUCUUCAACUCUUUUGGUUGCUAAUUUUGAAAAAGAUAAAUGUGGUUUGAGAUUUUUUUUUUUUUGUGUUUGUUUGGUGGAUGAACUUAUUUAACCAUUAAUGUUUAUUUUGUUCUUCAA